GCUCCAACCUUACGCAUCCACCAUCUUGUUGCACGGAACCAAGGCAUUGAAAAAAAAAAAAUGCAGAACCCGAGCAACGUCCAACCUACCAAUGGGGCCACACAGCCUGUCCCCAGGGUGUCCGUUGCACCGCUCUACCCCCCUGGUGAUCUAGGGACUCCUGGGCUUGCGUCAAUCAGCCGGAGCUUGGAAGUGGGGAGACUGCUCUAUCUCUUGAGGAGCGGGAAUCCGGGGAUUGGCGGAAGCGGUGAGUGCCUCCUUAGCUUUCUCCUAUCGCGUCUCUAGUAUUGGGAAUGGCUAUAUCGGGGAUCUAUUGCGGUGCGAGCCCGGUGGCUAGUGUCAUGGUAUCCAUCUCGCUAGGCUCGACAGGGGUUCCGCCCGUUCCACAGUAGGAGAAGGUCCGGUAAGGUUAUACACCCACGCCACAGAGCCGCAGCCAGUCGUGCCGGCAGUAUUCCUAGCUCCUGUGGGGAGUACGCGCAGAAGCACCAGAGAACUUGCCGGUGGUGCCCUGCCCCCUCCAUCUGACGAUCCGACGGCGAAGGCCCCCAAUACUGGAAAUGCGAUAGAGACUCUUUGGUUCCCUGUUCUUGCACUACAUUUUUGUUUUUGUAUUGGGAGUAAAAACUAACGAACCUAUCAAACCGCUCAGAGCAACCGACGCCCACCCCUUCUCCCCUCAGAGCCCAACCCGCCCCUGGCCCCAGUUCCCCUUUGCCCACACCAUCUUCACUUGGUGCCCCAGUGCCUUUUCAGGUAGAAGAUGCGAUCGGCACCCCGUCCCCACUUCCCACUCACCCGGGUCACCUCCCCGGUGUUCAGUCCCUAAACUUGAAUCCCUCUGAACACUCGCAGAUAAACCCGUCCUGCGCUAUCGCUCACCUGUUACAGGUCCUCGCCUCUGUUAUCUCUGGGAGCCACAACAUCCCUAGCAGCCAAAGGGCUAGUCCUAGCACGGGUGAAAGAUCCGCUCCUCUACCAUAUCUUCGGCCAAACUUUCUUACUGGCAAUGCUCCGCCUCCAAGAAGGCACGACGCAGACGCCAUUCUACGUCCCCGCGGCGGCCAAGGAGUGGACAAGCCAUGGAAAAUGAACAAAAAGAAGAAGAGCCAGAAGAAUGACCACGACCACCCGUCUUCUAAGCAGGGCGAGGAGGCUAGGUCUAAAGGAGAAUCCACGCUGAAAGGGAAGGCCAAGUCUACAGGGGAUGCCAAUUCUAAAGUGCAAGGGAAUGGCUCCGAAAACAAUCAGACUGGCGACUCAAGCGGAGGAAAGUCUUCUGGGAGAGCCUGA